AUGGAUGAUGACUUGGACCGGUUGCUGGAAGACGAAAAUAUUACUGAGCAUGAGACCAAUACUGUGAGCACUCCGCCACCAGCAGACAACAAGUCGCCACAAGCACCGAAUAAGCGACAGGCGUAUACUAGAGGUACGUACUUCUACGAAAAGGCACGGAACCAGGCUCAACAGGAUGCGAUACUGAAAAGACAGCUCUUUGAACUGGAAUCUCCCUCAGAGUUCAACAGGCAUGAAGUGUAUCCGCAGAUCUUUCAAGGGCUGGUGCUAUACAUCAACGGAUUCACAACCCCUGGUAGGUUCGAAUUGCACCAGAUGAUCGUCGUUCAUGGUGGAAAGUUCUUACACCAUAUGUCAGCUAAGCGAUCUGUAACUCACAUUAUCGCAUCUAAUUUACCCUUGAAAAAACGUAUUGAGUUUGCUAACUAUAAAGUAGUAAAGCCCAAUUGGAUCGUCGACUCAAUUCAACAAAAAAAGCUUUUGCCUUGGAGGGAUUAUGCCCUUAUUGACACUCUUGACCCAGAUCAGCAAAAACUGGACUUGCCCCUAAAAGAGCCUACUAGCAAGGAAACUGCUACUUCCAAUAGGAACAGACAAUCGGGACCACUAGUUAGCUGUAAAGAUCCAAAUUUUAUCUCUGACUAUUUCAAACAUUCAAGGCUUCACCAUCUAUCGACUUGGAAGACUGACCUAAGAGCAAAGUUCUUGAAGGAUUUCAUUGAAAACAACACCGCUCUAAGAAAACCUGUCAAAGAUGUCGAUACAUAUACUGUUUUCCACAUAGAUUUUGAUUGUUUUUUUGCUACUGUAGCUUACUUAACCAAAGAUCCUUCAAUCAAAUGUGAUAUAGAGAAAGAUGUAAUCGUUGUUUGCCAUGGAUCAAAUAAUUCUGAUAUCGCGAGUUGUAACUACGUUGCAAGAGGAUACGGGAUCAAGAAUGGCAUGUGGGUUGGCCAUGCGAAGAGGCUGUUACCACAAGGUGUCAACAUAGUGACGCUUCCAUACAAUUUUGAUGAGAUACAGGCGAAAUCUGAAAUAUUUUAUAAAACCUUGGCUGCGAUGAAGUUGUUUGACAUGAUUUUACCGAUAUCUAUCGAUGAAGCCAUAUGUGUAGUAGUUAACACUCAUCCAAUAAGCCAGGAAAGUGCUAAUACAGACGGCGGAUCUCAAUCAUCUAACCUGGACCAAUUAUGUAAGGACAUUCGUCUGUCUAUAUUUUCAGCUACUAAUGGCUGCUCAGUUAGUAUAGGCUGUGCUGAUUCACUUUUACUGGCACGAUUAGCUUUGCGUAAAGGUAAACCGAAUGGCUACUUUAUCAUUGAUAGAGAACAAGUUCAAGGAUCCAAAGAUGGCUCCAAUGAGUUUCUCGCAACUUUCAAGCUAAAGGAUUUGCCGGGUGUGGGUCAUUCAAUUGUUACUAAACUAUUAACAGCUUUUAAGUGUAAGGAUAUGAAUCUUGCAGAACUAAAACAAAGGGCUUCCCUUGAAUUUUUAAAGAAUUGCGUCGGUGUAAAACUUGGAACUAAAAUCUAUUUGGCGUUGCAAGGCCAGGAUGAUGAAGAAUCUACUAGGAUGUUGUUCGAUCCCGAAAACUACUUUGAGAGGAAAUCAUUAUCUAUUGAAAUCAAUUGGGGUAUAAGAUUCGAUAAUAUUCAUGAAAUCGAUGACUUUAUUGACAGAUGUUGUGACUAUUUACUAAAUAAGUUAAAUGAGUUGGAAAGAAAAACUUCACAACUAACACUGAAAGUUAUGAGAAGGGCAGCCAACGCACCUGUAGACCCUCCGAAAUACAUGGGGAUGGGAAGAUGUGAUGCAUUCAAUAGAACUAGUCGGUUAGGUAUACCCACUAAUGAGCACGGUACCAUUGCAACCGAAGCAAAAGCUAUGUAUAGGUCCCUGGCAUGCCCAGCGAAAGAACUCAGAGGAUUAUCUAUACAAUUUAAUAAAUUGUCCAAAUUAGAUGAGAGUUUAUCUAAUGUGAGGUCAAACUUAUUUGAUUUAUUGCAAAAAACUCCAAAAAUGGACUUAUCACCAACGCGAUCACCAAUAGACUUUGAUUCCAUUGAGAAAAGGUCACCACCAAAGAGUUUGAAGAAGCUUAACGAUAUAUACUCUAACAAAUAUGAUAUCCCCAGCACAUAUGAGGCACAAUUUAUGGAAGCGCUGCCAACACAACUUCGAGCAGAGGUACGCAAUGAAUUAAAGAUAAAAAGGAAAGUAGAAGAUAUGAAAGUAACAGAUUUAAAGAAGAAGCGUAAACUAACAGAAGAAAAGGAACGUAAUAAGUACAAUCAUUUUUUAGGGAAAUUUAGCAUUUUUGAUCCUAUCAAGUUCCAAGGACAACCUAAAUUUAAAGAUAUUUGUAGUUUAGUCAAAGAAUGGGUACAUUCCACCUUGAAAGAGGCUGGCCCUCACGAUCGGGAUGUACAGCUAUUUGAAAAGUAUUCUAAAAAGCUCUGUAAUACUAACCGAGCCCAUUUUUUGUGUCGUUUAGCGCAUAUUAUAUCGAUGGAGCUCGAUUUAAUGGAAGAUGAAUCUCAAAAUUCAGAAGGAUUUCAAGAAUGGGAAAGUAUAUUACUUAAAAGAAUUAUCCCGCUUUUAAACCAAAAUAAGCACACAUUCCAGACAGAACGUAAAUUAGAUAUAGAAUUUGAUUUUACUUAA